UGAGCUGUGAAACCAUCUGGACCUAUUAUACAAGAAAAAAAGGUUAUAUAUAUCUUUCAAAUAGUAUCUCAAAACACAAGGAAACUGUAUUUUAUGGAGAAUAUAAGAGAUCUUAUUGGGCUUGAUCCUGUUAAAGUUGCAGAAUUCCUUGCCUGUCGAGUCUGUUAAAAAGGCUGACCGCAUGAGAGAAUGUCUAAGGUCUCUGAAGCGCACUUACAGGGGUGAUAAUGCCAGAGUUAAAAGGGCAUUCCAAACCCUGUUGAUUUAUGUCGGAAAUGUUGCAAGGAGUCCGGAUGAGGAAAAGUUCAGGAAGAUUCGACUUAGUAAUUCCAGGAAAGGGUUGGAAGCCUGAAAGGAGGGAUUGAGUUUCUUGAGCUUUGUGGGUUUGAGAGAAGUGAAGGGAACGACUUCUUGGUUUUUCCUCGUGACAAUGUUGAUAUAGAAUUGCUUAACUCAGCUGGUUCUCUGUUAAAAUCUGCAAUUACAAAUCCCUUCUUUGGUCUUCUUGAACAGAUAAUAGAAGACUAGCGUUGUAAUAUCAGGUUUAAUGGACAUUAGUUGAGUGUGAAUGCUGAGAGGGUGACCAUAAAUGAAUAAAAGAUUGGAAUGUAUAGCAAAACUUCUAGUAACUUUCAUGUGUCUCAGUGUUUGCUAAUGUUGCACAAAGCAAUUGCUCUGCACAAUCUUUAGAGUUUGGAAGUAAGUGUUUGAUGUAUUUUCUUUAUCUUUUCACGUCGAGAAAGUUAAAAUUUCAGCAAAUAAGGAAUCAUGAGAGGAACUUCUGGAAAACAGAACAAAUAACAGUGACGAAGAAAGUUAAAAAGGCUUGCCUAUCAGGACCUUCUCGACCACAAAAGUGGACUGUAAAAUUAUAUUCACUAAUGUUACAUCCUUCUAACACCGAAACUCAACUAGCCUCCAAUUUCCCUAAACUUAUUAAAUGCAGUUCACACUAACCAACGCGGAUUCUCUUCGAGCUCUACAUAAAACUCUUAUCAUCUGUCACCUAGUCUAACCCUGUCACCUUCCUGGCACCUUCCUAUCACUGUCUAAACACCGUCAUGCAGUCCUUAUAUAAGGUAAACAGGUGGUCCACGUAUGCUCAUGAAUAAUCCUUACAAGUUCUUUACUUUUAGGCUUUUCGUACACUCCAUCUUCUUUCUCCUCCGACCCUCAUAUAUUUACGUGUAUCAAUUAGUUCGUUUUUGUGUAGUUAAAACCUAAAAAAUAUACUUUUCUCCUUCCGAUCUUCAGCAUGCAGCUUGGAUCCAGUUCUAAUUGAGACUACAUAACUGUUACUUUGAAUGUUCAGUUCCAUUUGAAGCCACAUAAAUGUUACUUUGAAUGAACAUUCAAGCCGAACCAAAAGGGCAGGUUGCGGCUAAAGAAGAAAAUUCCGAAAAUGCUGACUGUGGAACAGUUUGGUUGAAUUGAUACUUUCCAAUUUUGUAUGUUAAAGUUUUCACAUUCCUUUCAAUACUUUUCAAGAGAAGUAUUAGUUUCACCCAAAGGGGAAGAGCUCAACUUUUAGAAAAAUCAAUUCAAAGGGCAAAAGAACAGGUCAAAGAUAAUUCCGUGUAUGUAAUUGGCUUUAGAAAGACCAGUCAAUUCAAAUGUCACCAUAGUUUUUCUGACAGGUAUAUAAUCUCAUAGCACAAACAUCAAUCAGAUGUUUUUGUCUACAAUUUCAUGGUGGUCAUGAAAGCCAGAGGAUUUAGCACUGUGGUUUUCUUCCUCAUCCUAUCAUGUUUAUGGAUGGAAGGGCCUUGCACAUCUCAUGCACAGACUGACACCCUUAGACCUGGGGAAUUCAUCGGGUUCUUGGACUCACUUGUUUCAGCUAAUGGGAGAUUCAGGUUAGGUUUCAAUCGUUUUGUCGACUCCAGCAACAAUGAUUACCGUUAUUUGCGAAUAUCGUAUGAUGAAGAUGGCGCAACAGUGUGGGUGGCUAACCGAACCACUCCUGUUUUUGGUAGUGGUGGCAAUUUCACGAUGGAUGCAGAUGGCUUUUUGAAGAUUAUGCACGACCAAGGGAGUCCAAUAGUCUUGAAUCCAAAUCGAGCUUCGAGAAACUCAUCAGCUCUCCUACAAAACGAUGGCAAUUUUGUAUUGACAGAAUUGAACCCGGACGGCUCCACCAGGCAAAUCCUGUGGGAAAGCUUUGAUUUCCCAACAGACACCUUGCUGCCUGGGAUGAAGCUAGGUGUGAACUUACGAACUGGGCAAAGGUGGGUACUUACUUCUUCCAUAAGUAAUAAUGUUGCUACCCCCGGAGCUUUUUCUCUUGAGUGGGGUAACAACGGGAGUGGCAUAGAGCAACUAAUUGCAAGACGUCGAGGAGAGGUCUAUUGGACAAGCGGGGCCUUGAACUUGAAUGAUCGCAGCUUUGAAAACAUUUUAUGGAUGACAUUUUUUCCAAGCAACUAUAAUUUUAGCUAUAUUUCUAACGAGAACGAGAGCUACUUAAGCUAUUCUGUUCUGGAUGGGGCUCUUUCAAGAUGGCGCUUGAACCCGGAAGGGGGGAUUUCUGAUAUCCUGAAUCCAGUCUUUUUGUCUAGUGCUGCAUGCUACAGGAGUCCGGGUUGUCAACUCCAAGAACCAGCAUGCAAAAGUGAAACAGAUGCGUUUUUGCAGCGACCAGGUUUAUUUAGGGGUUUUCCAUUAUCAUCUGAGGGGAAUUUAAGCAUUGGUUUAGGAGACUGUUCGGCUCAAUGUUGGAACACGUGUUCUUGCGUCGGUUAUGCCACUCUUCAUACAAAUGGAACUGGGUGCGAGUUGUGGAGCAGAGAUUUGAACUUUUCAGUAAUUGAAACAGGAAAUAGCCGAAUUGUCUACGUGUUAAAUUCGACGUUAGCAGAAGGUGGAUCAGAUGCAGUAAAUGGUAAUGGUAAUGAAAACAAUUGGUGGAUCUGGAUCAUCAUUGCAUUUGCAGCCGUGCUGAUAAUACUUGCCUUGGGCUUCUUGUGUUAUCAGAGGAGGAAGAAACUCCAAGAAGAUAAGGAAAGGGAGGACGAAGAUAUAUUACUCGAAUUAACUACCUCAAAUGAGAUUGGCAAUGAUGGGAGGAAAGGUCAUGAUUUGAAGGUCUUCACUUUUGCUUCUAUAAUGGCUGCUACAAAUGACUUUUCAUCUGAAAACAAGCUUGGAGAGGGUGGUUUUGGCCCUGUGUACAAGGGAAAAUUACCCGAUGGCCAAGAAAUAGCAGUGAAGAGGCUGUCAAGGAGUUCGGGACAAGGACUAGUGGAAUUUAAGAACGAACUCAUUCUUAUUGCCAAACUUCAGCAUAUGAAUCUUGUCAGACUUUUGGGUUGUUGUGUUAAGGGAGGAGAAAAGAUGUUGAUCUAUGAAUUCAUGCCCAACAAAAGCUUGGACUUCUUCCUUUUUGAUCCAACUAGAAGAGAGCUACUGAACUGGACGACACGGUAUAGCAUCAUUGAGGGAAUUGCUCAAGGACUUCUUUAUCUCCAUAGACACUCUAGAUUAAGAGUCAUCCAUCGAGAUUUAAAAGCAAGUAAUGUUUUGCUUGAUGGUGAUAUGAAUCCAAAGAUUUCAGAUUUUGGAAUGGCUAGAAUUUUCGGCCGAAAAGAAACUGAAGCAAAUACGAACAGAGUUGUCGGAACAUACGGUUACAUGUCACCUGAGUAUGCUAUGGAAGGCAAUUUCUCGGAAAAGUCAGAUGUUUAUAGUUUUGGAGUCUUGUUAUUGGAGCUUGUCAGUGGCCAAAAGAACAAUAGCACUUUUCAUCAUCUUGAUCGGCCCAUGAAUUUAGUUGGAUAUGCUUGGGAGCUUUGGAAAAGAGAAAGAAGCAUUGAACUACUUGACUCCAAAAUAGGUGACAAAAAUUUUAGAUCUCAGGCAUUGAGAUGCAUCCAUGUGGGUCUCUUAUGCGUGCAAGAGUCUGCAAUAGACAGGCCAAACAUGUCUGAUGUCAUAUCUAUGCUUGCAAACGAAACCGUGCCACUUCCAGCUCCUAAACAAAAUGCAUUUUCCACUCAUCAAAAAUUGGUGGAAAUAUCACUGUCUAGAUCUGUACAAGAAAGUUGUUCAAUCAGUGCAUCAGUUUCAGAUAUAGAAUCUCGGUGAAGAUGCAUAUAUUCUUACAACAGGGAAGUUAUACAGAAGUAGUAGCAGAAGAGCUCGUUCGUUCUGCUCUACAGAGAUUUCAAGUUUCCCCUAUUUUCUUUUAUUUAUUUCUGUACACUAGGAAAAUGAUCCCAUCAAUCUUUUAUACGAGGUAAAAUUAUGUAAUAGAUCUUUAUAUUUUAUUUAAAUA